CUACAGACCGUCGACUUUUACAUUCCUGAUAAACACCAUCAUGUUCUUUGCCAGAACUCUAAUUCUUUUGAUAGGUUUUGGGACGAUAUCCUCCAUUCUUCUGGAAAACAUUGACCACGGUGACCAGGUCAUCACAAGAAAUGAACUUUUCCAAGAGAUCCAAGGUUUGAAAACAACAAUUGCGCAGAUGAAUACUACUAAACUUGACCAGAAAAUACAAGCUUUGGAAACAGUCAUUGAGAAAAUGAAUGCUACGAUUGUUACCGAGAGAACCAGGUCCAAUGUUGCUUUUGUGGCGGAGCUCUCAAGGAGUAUUACAAACCCGACGAACAAGUUCCACAUCCUGUUUGAUAACGUCAAACUAAACUUUGGAAAUGCUUACCACCCCACUCACGUAAUUUUUGUCGCCCCUAUCCAGGAAUCUACCACUUUGCAGUCGAAAUUUCAGCACCUCCUACUUCUGACCCUCACACGAUGCAUGUUCGAAUUAUGA